CAUUUAACAUUUGUAUAUAUACAUACGCAGUUGAUCGGGAGACGUGCUGUAUCAAUUUUGUGUUUGUCGCUCGCUUCCUCUAUCCGCAGCGCGAUUGUCUUCGCGAUAAAACGCUCGUCGUUAAGUAACGCACGUAGCAAGUGCGCGAUUUAAGGAUUUAAGGAUUUUUUUUCGAGUUCUUUCGGAAAGAGGAAGAUUUUUUGAUUGUCAUCCGUAUUCUGCAGAGCGGCGAAAAUGACGAUCAUCACGAAAGCGUUCAGCGAAAAGAAGGCGUCCGACAAAAUGGAGCGGCCAUUGUUUGUGGAGGAAAACUCGACGGAGGUGUCAAAGGGAGAUGUGGAGGAGGGACGUUCCGAGGCCCCAGAGUCAAGAGACACCUACUUUUACGCUUCUAAGGAAAUAAGGAUUCGCCGUGUUCCCUAUAAAGCCACAUUCUUGCUCUUUUCUCUAGCAAUCACAAUACUGAGCAUCGGCGUGAUUGGUGGGCUUUACAUCUACAAACAGUAUGGCAAAACCCAGAUGCAGAGAUUCCGUUCUGGCUGGCUUAGAAUUGCGUAUGAUAGCAUCAUAAACAAACCAUUUCCUGUUAGUGGAGUAGGAGGUGUAAUGGCUAAUUCUGAUUUCUUCAAAAGUAUGGAAACUCCGGAGCCGGCGGUGGCGCUGGAUAUGGGUGAGGAGUUAAAUCAGGAGAUCAAUAAUUUCUUCAAGGAAAGAUUGGAGAUUGAUCUCGAGAAUGAGCAUUACGAGAAGAUCGAUGUGCCUGAUUUCCGCGGCGGACGUCAGGGACGCUUUAUACAUGACUUCAACAUUAACAAAACAGGUAUCAUAGAUAUCGACGGACAGUGUUGCUUUGUUAUGCCAUUGAAUCGUGAGCGCGUAUUGCCACCUCGCAAUUUGUACGAUCUUCUUAAAAAGAUGAAUAACGGUUACUACGAAGUAGAUACUGCGGUUGUACGAGAAACCAUGAAAGUAGUCACACCACCGAUCACUGAUAUGUCGAUUCUUGGAAGAUAUAUAGCACGGGAAUGUCACGAUAUGCCUACUUACAUGCUAACAAAAGUGUAUUGCAAUGGUUCUUCUUCUGUUGUGAAACGCAGUGCAUCAAGCGGAGUGUUCGGGCAAUUCGCCGGCAAUAAUAUUCUGGAAGUUGAUAUUGUGAAUCUGGAAGAUUCUUUAACUAAAAAAUAAAAUCAAUUACGCCGGCGGGAAUUUUCAAUUAUCCUAGAAUAUUUUAAUCACACAGUAGAUAAAUGUAUAAAAAUUGUACGCUGUCCAGAGUAUGCUUAGGUACGUAAUUUUCUCUCCUCUGUUGUCUCAUGUUCAAAAUCACAUGUCACAAUAUUUGUAAUACAAUAAUAUUAAUGGUUUUUUCCUCACAUUUCUUCGACUUGCUGUGUUUCAGAUAUCCUCUUUAUCAAGAUCUUCAUUAUGUCUUUCCAUUAUAUUUUCUAUUAGCUUUAAAAUCUUGUAAAAUGAUAAAUGCAAAAUACGCGAUUUGUAAACAAUUUGCUCUAGUAUUUCAAGAUCUUCAUUAUGUCCUUCCAUUAUAUUUUCUAUUAGAUUUAAAAAUCUUUUAAAAUGAUAAAUGCAAAAUAAGCGAUUUGUAAACGAUUUGCUAGUAUUUGACGAUGAAAGAGGCACUUAUAAUAUCAAGACAAAGAUAGUGAGUGUGAACGACUGUGCGAGACUAAAUCGCAUAUUAAAAAAAUAUAACGAGUUUGAGAUAAAUUAUAUUAUGAAACGGAGCGACAUCCGUGAGUUCUCAUAGGGGGGGGAAAAAAAAAA